ACUAACUUUUCUUUGCCUUUCUUUGUUGGCUAUUCUUCUUUUUCUUCUUCUUUCAAGACACCUCCUGCUCCCCUCCCUCUACCUUGUAAUUCCUAACACACAAUCAGAAACCCAAAAAAAAUAUUAAACCAAAUCACCAUGGGAGGAGGCAACGGUCAGAAAUCAAAGAUGGCUCGUGAGAGGAACAUAGAGAAGCAAAAAGCUGCAAAGGGAAGCCAACUUGAGUCUAACAAAAAAGCUAUGACUAUCCAGUGCAAGGUGUGCAUGCAGACAUUCAUAUGUACCACAACAGAGGUGAAGUGCCGGGAACACGCUGAAGCAAAGCACGCGAAGUCCGAUGUGUAUGCCUGCUUCCCGCAUCUUAAAAAUGACGCCUGUAAAAAACUAAUUUCUUAUUCCACUCGAAAACAUUUGACUCGACUCUCUUUGUUUUUCUUGUUUCUUUAUGCACCUUCCUUCGCUGUCUAUCUUCCAUCUAAAAAAAUGGCUCGCCUUUACCCUCUAGCUCUCUUUCUCUCCUUUCUUCUCACUAUCUCCCCCUCGCUUUCCACCAACUCUGAAGGAAAUGCUUUGCAUGCCCUGAGGAGUAGGCUUUCUGAUUCAACCAAUGUGUUGCAGAGUUGGGACCCGACUCUUGUCAAUCCCUGCACCUGGUUCCAUGUCACUUGUGAUUCCAGUAAUCAUGUUACUCGCUUGGAUUUGGGUAAUUCUAAUAUUUCUGGAACCUUGGGACCUGAGCUUGGAGAACUCAGGCAUCUAAAGUACCUGGAGCUUUAUAGGAAUGAUAUAGGAGGGAAAAUUCCCACGGAGUUGGGUAAUUUGAAAAACCUUGUUAGCAUGGACAUGUAUGGCAACAGGUUUGAAGGAGAAAUACCCAAGUCUUUUGCCAAGUUGAAGUCUCUCAGAUUCCUUCGACUAAACAACAACAAGCUAUCAGGAUCUAUUCCAAGGGAGCUCACAACUCUUAAAGACCUCAAAGUUUUUGAUGUUUCUAACAACGAUCUCUGUGGAACAAUUCCAGUCGACGGUCCCUUUGCCUCUUUUCCAAUGGAAAGUUUCGAAAACAACAAGCUUAAUGGACCUGAGCUGAAGGGACUAGUGCCUUACGACUUUGGAUGCUGAAGAAAGCUUGAACUUAGUCGACCCUCCUCGAAGACUGUAAUGCCGAAACUUAUCUAAGAUAAUUUAGCUGGGGAUAUGCCUUGUUACGACAUGUAGUUGACAAUGGCACGUUGUUCAUGCGUAGAAGUUAAUCAAGUUAGCAAAUAAAAUGGUUAUACAAGAUCUGCGAGUUGAUCAUAGACCUCUUAUCCUACCUUCCUCAGUGCUAACGGAUCUUUGAUAUUGGAGCGCAGGGAAACAUCCCUCAUUAGGCAAUGGAGGACAGUGUCCGCAUUAUUAAUAUGUAAAAGUGAGCAGCCAAAUUAGUAUUCUACACGGCAUCUGCUAUAAAUUUUCUCUGUUUUCACUCUGAACCUGCACAAUUUUUUGUAACCUUUUUGAUGGAUUUGGA